GAAAAGAAAAAGGAGGGAUCCGCCAUUUCAGUAGCUACGAUGAGACCCACUUCCAGUAAACAUUGAAGGGGGGAGCAUAAUUUUAACACAUUUUGUUGCUAAAUAAGUAUUUAGUUAGAUAUCGGGUAACCGUGAGAGAAGGCAAAACGAGUCCUCUAAAGGUUAUCGGAAAGCAGCGGAAGAUGGCGGUCGAUAAACGAGAUGAGAAAGAAAAUCUACUAUGCCUAAGUGUGGUUGAAUCUGUCGUCCCAGAUGGAGAGCUCAACGUGCUGGACGACAUCCUCACCGAGGCCCCUGACCAGGAUGACGAGCUCUAUAACCCUGAGAGUGAACAGCACGUCAACCAGAAAAAAGGGUCCAAGAGGAAGAGCAACCGAGGAGAUCACCACGUGCUGAAGCGUCUGCGGCCCACGCCUCACACCACCACUAGACACUCCGCUAAGAGAUCGGCCCCCUCGGCUGGGGCUAGCGGGAAAAAGCCGGUCAACCCCAGGAGAGGACGGCACCCCUCCGACUACAAUACUGAAGAUUACUAUGAGGACAGGAAGACCCAUCCUAUGAGAGAUGGCGGGGUGCCUCUCAAAGGAGACCACCCUGACAAGCCCCUGGGUCGCAGGAGAGAGCCAGACAGACACAGGAUCAUGCCUGAGCUCAACACCGAGAAGCUGAGUCCUCCGAUUGAGGAGAGCAGGUUCAGCCCCUCUAAGGAAGAAGCAGAAGAAGAGGGGGCAUCGGACCAGGAGACAGGCAGCACGGCCGUGUCCUCCGAGGGACACCGAUCCAACAUGGAGGAGGAAGAGGAGGAAGAGUAUGAGGUGCAGGACGUGGAUCAGAGAGCCAAGAAUGCGCCAAAUGAUUACGACACUCGCAGUGAAGUCAGCGACUCCCAGUCUGUGUCCUUCUCUGAUGAGGAGUCUGGUCUCUCUGGCUCUGAGGCUUCAGGUUCUGAGAAGAAGCACGAGAAACUGUCAUCGUCUGUCCGCGCCGUCCGCAAGAACCAGACCAGCAAGCUGAAGUACGUCAUACGAGACGCACGCUUCUUCAUGAUCAAGAGCAACAACCAUGAGAACGUGUCCCUGGCCAAGGCUAAGGGUGUGUGGUCCACUCUGCCUGUUAAUGAGAAGAAGCUGAAUGCUGCCUUCCGUUCCGCUCGCAGCGUCAUCCUGGUCUUCUCUGUCAGGGAGAGCGGCAAGUUCCAAGGUUUUGCCAGGCUGUCCUCUGAGUCCCAUCACGGAGGGUCUCCCAUCCACUGGGUCCUGCCUGCUGGGAUGAACGCCAAGAUGCUAGGUGGGGUCUUCAAGAUCGACUGGAUCUGCAGACGCGAGUUGCCGUUCACUAAAACGGCUCACCUCUCCAACUCGUGGAAUGAACACAAGCCUGUAAAGAUCGGCCGAGACGGACAGGAAAUGGAGCCCGAGUGUGGGAUACAGCUGUGUGUGAUGUUCCCCCAGGACGAUACCAUUAACUUGUAUCAAGUUAUUCAUAAAAUGCGACACAAGAGGAGGAUCCCUUAUGAGCCCCGUUCUCGAGGACGACCGCCGUGCAGAGAGCCCACCCGAGGCGACCUGGGAAGGGUUCGGCCAGAGGAAAAUGCCAUUCACAACAGGAAACGCCCGAGGAUUGAUUAUCCAGCAGAGUUCCCACAGAGACCAGGCUUUACGCCGGACCCUCGCAACCCACCAGCUGACCGGCGGUUCCCCACUGGAGUAAGAAGAGAUGUUUUUCUCAAUGGGUCCUACAACGAUUACAUGAGAGAGUUCCACCAAACCAUUGGGCAGCCAACUCCUUGGCAAGGAAUGGCACAGUACCCUGGGAUGGAGCAACCUCCUCAUCACCCGUUCUACCAGCACCAUCCUCCUCCUCCUCCCCAGUCACACCCACCCUAUGCUGGGCAACACCCUGUACCACACGAAGCCCGCUUCAGAGAGAAGAGACUUGUCCGCUCCUUUAGCUCCAGCCUGGUGAAGCUUAUUUCUGUCUGCUCUGAUCACGACUAUGACAUGCGAGUGGAUGACUUCCUGAGACGGACCCAGGCUGUGACCAGUCGCCGCAGCCGCCCACGGGAACGAGACAGGCAGAGGGAGCGAGAACGGCCCAGAGACGCCCGACGGGACCGAGAUCGCGGACGCGACCGGGAGAGAGACAGGAUCAGGGAAAGGGAGAAGGAGAAAGAGAGGGGCCGUUACAGGAGAUAAUCAGGGACUAAAUCAAACUGCAAGUCCUGCGUUAGUUUCUUUUUACAGAGUUAUCUUUUUUAAGUGAUUUGUGUAAUUAUUAUUUUUGUUUUACAUUAUGUUGCCAAGUCAUCCGCUCAUGUGUAUCAUGAAUGCAGUGUAACUGAACGAAGGCAAUAACAGGAGAAGUGGUUUGGAGCGUCAAAACUAUUCCAGAUGUGAUGUUACUUUUAUUUUUGUUUCUUCCUUAGACCCAGACGGACAGUAAUGACUUUAAAUGUUUUUAAAUGCCGUAUUGUCUUUUAUGUUGUUCAUAAUUGUACAUGGUUCAUAAUUAAGAUAUUGCUACUUAAAGGGGUAUAAUUGAGUUGUACUGAAUCUGUUGUAGCCAAGUCCCUUUUUAACUGGUCUUUUAGUUUGAAGCCAUUUUAGUUUUUUUCUAGUGUUUGACUGGUCCAGAAGCAAAAAAAAACAAUAUUGUCUGUCUAGAUCGUUAUUUUCUGAAGUUUAAAUCCAGACUCUAAUCAGUGCUGUAAGGCGAUGAGAGAUGUUUGCUCAGGGGGAGAGGAAAAAGGUAUAAUGUUUUGUACAACAAAAAUACUGUGUAUUUUACUACUGUCGAAAGUUGCUAAGUAAAAGACUGGUCUGGAUUGAUUCACUUUUAUAGAAACUGUUUUUUACUCAGAACUGAGUAUAUUUUUAAGGCAUUCAAACCUUUUAUGAAACCAGUCAUAACACCUUUGCGUGUUGAAGUAUAAUAAAAAGCUAUACAUCACGUUGA